CUGAAAUUCACGUAUAAUUUGCCCCAUUUACGUGUGAUUUCUUCACUCCGAAGUGGCUUCCUAUGGCGAAGCAUUGAUCAGAUCUUAGCCACUCCUCGUUCCCCGCAAGCAUAAUCCAAAACUGGUUUCUCCUUCUCUUCUCUUUCCCCUUUGUUUCAAUCCAAGUCUGCAAAACACCACACGAAAAUCCAAUGUUUCCUUCUCGUAAUUACUCGGCAUGUCUGCUUCUCUGCCUCCUCGUACUUUCCACCUUCUACAACUUCUCCAUGUCUCACUCACAAUCUCCUUGGACUGCAAAGAAAAUACGCAUGAAAGAGAGAGUUCGCAAUAUGUUUUACCAUGCGUAUGACAACUAUAUGACUUAUGCAUUUCCGCAUGAUGAGCUUAAACCUCUGACUAAAACUUUCACCGACUCCCUAAGUGAGCUGGGAAAUUUGAAGCUUGAACACUUGCCUCAAGACUACAACGGAUCUGCCCUUACGCUUAUUGAAUCGCUGUCUAGCCUUGUUAUUAUGGGUAAUAAUACUGAAUUUGAGAGGGUGGUACGCUGGCUUUCGGAAAAUCUAACAUUUGAUGUUGAUGCACGCAUAAAUCUUUUUGAGUGCAACAUAAGAGUUCUCGGAGGACUUGUUUCUGCUCAUUUAAUUGCUUCUGAUUCUUCAAAGAAUUUGUUUCAAGGAGCUUACAAGAAUCAGCUGCUAGUUCUGGCUGAAGAUUUAGGGAAGCGUUUUUUACCAGCAUUCAAUACGCCUACUGGAUUGCCAUAUGCAUGGAUUAACUUGAAGUAUGGAGUAAUGGAGAAUGAGACUACAGAAACAAGCACUUCAGGGUGUGGUUCUCUGAUUCUUGAAAUGGGUGCUUUAUCAAAAAUGACUGGUGACCCCAUAUAUGAAUCAGUAGCUUUACGAGCUCUUCGUAAGCUAUGGAGUAUGCACAGCUCAUUAAAAUUAUUUGGAACCACACUGGAUGUGGCAACUGGGCAAUGGAUUGAAUAUUCUUCAGGAAUUGGAGCUGGGGUGGAUUCCUUCUAUGAGUAUCUACUUAAGGCCUAUAUCCUUUUUGGAAAGGAGGACUUUUGGAAAAUGUUUCAUUCUGCUUAUGUUGCCGUGCAGAAACAUUUCAGACAUGGUCCUUGGUACCAUGAAGCUGAUAUGAGGACAGGAAGAGCAACUUAUUGGCAGCUUACAAGCCUUCAAGCAUUUUGGCCUGGCCUACAGGUUCUUGUUGGGGAUAUAAUUGCUGCAAAUUCAUCUCACCGUGAGUUCUUCAAUGUGUGGAAGAGAUUUGGAGUGAUACCAGAAAGGUAUUUGCUGGACCACCAGAUGCUUCACCCUACUGAAAAAUAUUAUCCACUGCGCCCUGAAUUGGCUGAGUCAACAUUCUACUUAUAUCAAGCUACGAAAGAUCCAUGGUAUAUUGAAGUCGGUGAAUCAAUAGUCAAUUCCCUUAAUCUAUACACCAAAGUAGAAGGUGGGUUUGCUAGCAUCAAGGACGUGACAACAAUGCAGUUGGAAGAUCAUCAACAUAGUUUUUUUCUUGCUGAAACGUGCAAAUAUUUAUAUCUUCUAUUUGAUGAUUCAUUUGUGGUUGAGAAUAAUUAUGUAUUUACCACUGAAGGUCAUCCCCUUCCCGUAAUAAGCACUUGGCAUGAAGAGCUUCCAGAAAGUUAUAUUCCAACUAAUUGGACUUCCGUGAAGAGGCAACCAACAGCAAAUCGAGUCAGUGCAAUGUCUUUGCAAGUAUGUCCUGCUAUGACUUUAAAGUCAGGUCAACAUAUUGAGAGUGCUUGCCACAUCCCCGAUGCUCGUAGUGAUUUCAGGUGUUUGACUGAUGAAGAUUGUGGAGUUGAUGCCGUUACAUGCAGACGAAGAUCAUGCAGCAUGGCUGGUUAUUGUGGGCUAUGGCUCUUCAUAUGAUACCAUGCUGUUUACAAAUAUUUUUUCUUAGGAACAGAGAAUAUUAAUGAAAAUUUACAUUAUAAAAAAAGAUAAAAUGCAAUUGCAGCUUUGUCAAUCAUUAAUUAGCAUCCAUCGGGUUACAGGAUUAGAGUAAGGUAGGCACAUAUUUGACAGUUUUGUUUAAAAGGUAUUAGCUUUUAUUCUGAGGCAUGCUUUUACAGAAGUAAAGAUGGGAGAAACGAGCUCGUUGUAUUUUUCCAUUACACGUUCUUUAAUUUGAUACAUUGAAAAUCUGUAUUUAUUUCUUCAGGCGACUCUUUUCCUUCCCAUUUUAGACCUAUUGAGCAUAUCUUGGUACAAGAAAAUAAUAAAUCGAAGCUUGAAUUG